UUUGCUUUCUUAAACGGAACAGCGACGACCACUAUAAAAGGAAAGAAACUGGCAGUUGGAAUUUUCGAUAGCGAACGCCGUCUCCCUCCACAAAAUGGCCCUUUUUAAUCUGUUUUACACGCUUCUUCGCUACGGCCAAAGUCAGAGAUAGCAUUUACUGCUUCUCUCUCUUCUAUCUCUCUAAAACGUUAGAUCUGUUUUCUACGUAACCAAACACCGGAUUUUCUCGAGAAAAUAUUAGUUUUUUAUUUCUUAGGGAUUGAAACGAUGUCGGACGCUUUGAUCAAUGGGCUGGCAGGAGCCGGUGGAGGGAUCAUAGCUCAACUCAUCACGUAUCCUCUUCAAACUGUCAAUACUCGUCAACAAACAGAGCGUGAUCUCAAGAGAGAGAAACGGAAACUUGGAACGAUUGAACAAAUGUGCCAGGUUGUAAAACAAGAAGGAUGGGCGCGGUUGUACGGCGGCUUAACGCCUUCUUUGGUUGGUACAUCUGCAUCUCAGGGUGUUUACUAUUAUUUCUAUCAAAUAUUCAGGAACAAAGUUGAAACUACAGCACUUGAACGCCAUAAAAAAGGGAUUGGAGAUGGAUCUGUUGGGAUGCUUUCCUCACUUAUUGUAGCUGCUUUAGCUGGGUGCGUAAAUGUGCUGUUGACAAACCCCAUUUGGGUAGUUGUGACACGCAUGCAGACUCACACAAAAACCUCAAAGAAAGACCAUCCUGAUAGGUUGCCAACUACUGCUCCAGAGGAAAAAGUUCUUUCUGUCAUUGAGCCUCUUCCUUAUGGAACUAGCCAUGCGAUUCAAGAAGUCUAUGAUGAAGCUGGAUUUUGGGGCUUCUGGAAAGGUGUAUUCCCAACAUUGAUCAUGGUGAGCAAUCCUUCUAUACAAUUUAUGCUAUAUGAAAUGAUGUUGAAGAAUCUGAAGAAAAGACGAUCUCGUAGUAAGAAGGGCAACAAUGGAGUAACUGCUUUGGAGAUUUUUCUUCUUGGAGCUCUGGCAAAACUUGGAGCUACUGUUGUGACAUAUCCUCUUCUCGUUGUAAAGUCAAGACUUCAAGCAAAACAAGUUACAACUGGGGACAGAAGGCAUCAUUACAAAGGGACUGUGGAUGCUAUUCUAAAGAUGAUCCGCUAUGAAGGCUUCUCCGGCUUUUACAAAGGCAUGAACACGAAAAUCGUGCAAAGUGUUCUCGCAGCUGCUGUUUUAUUCAUGGUUAAAGAGGAACUCGUCAAGGGUGUUCGAUUGUUGCUUGUUAAGGAUGGCAUCAACACGGUGAAAUCAAAGCCUCCUUGACUGUGAAGCUGUCUCACUAUCUCCCCACUCCGCCUCCUACUCCAUUUGUUUCGACACUAACAAGUUGUUGGUCAAAAUAUUCAAACUUGGAUUAUAGUAGUAUUUAUCAGGCCAUGUACCUUGAAAUUAAAAGGAUACAAAAAGAUUACUUGUUGAAAAUAAAAUCAUUUACGGGUCCUAUAAACAAGUUCAAUUUAUUCUC